CAACAAUGACCGUGGCUUUUAAUACCCUCAUUUUUUAUGCUGCCACUGCAAUGUAGAAAUUUAAAGAUAAUAGUUGUCCUUAAGCUUUUUAACUGUGGAAUUAGGUUAGUAAAUGGUACAGUACUGGAAAAGUGAUUGUGAGGGUUCCUUUUGAGUCCUACCUAUUAGUUCAGAGAAAGAGGAAAUGCAGAUUUGCUUCGUAGUUUUUCAAGAGUUAUAUGGAAGAGUUGGAGAACAGAGCUUUAAGUUGACAGGUUUAGCUUUCUUCUAAUGAUGGAUCCUGAGAUAGGGAAGAGCUUCAAGUCUCCAAUUAAACAUUCAUGGAAAUCUACAUUGCUUUUAGCGUAUCAGAGCUUGGGUGUGGUUUAUGGAGAUUUGAGCAUUUCCCCUUUGUAUGUUUUCAAAAGCACAUUUGCAGAGGAUAUUACACACUCGGAGACUAAUGAAGAAAUUUUUGGAGUACUUUCAUUUGUAUUCUGGACUCUUACACUUGUACCUCUUCUCAAGUAUGUCUUCAUUGUACUUAGAGCUGAUGACAAUGGCGAAGGUGGCACUUUUGCUCUUUACUCUUCAAUAUGCAGGCACGCCAAUGUAUGCCUCCUGCCUAACAGACAAGUUGCAGAUGAAGAAGUUUCUACGUAUAAAUUGGAAGCCCCACCAGAAAAAAAUAAUGGAUCCUGGGUGAAGAUUUGGCUUGAAAAGCACAAGAAGUUGCAUACAGCUCUUCUUGUAGUUGUCAUGCUUGGUACAUGCAUGGUGAUUGGGGAUGGUGUUCUUACUCCGGCUAUAUCAGUUUUCUCAGCAGUUUCAGGGCUCGAGUUAUCCAUGUCCAAAGACCACCAUCAAUAUGCCGUGGUUCCCAUCACUUGCUUCAUUAUCAUUUGCUUGUUUGCCCUUCAGCACUUCGGCACUCAUCAGGUUGGGUUCCUUUUUGCUCCAGUUGUAUUGGCUUGGCUACUUUGUAUAAGUGCACUUGGCAUAUACAACAUUGUACAUUGGAAUCCACAUGUAUACCAAGCACUUUCUCCAUAUUAUAUGCUGAGAUUUUUGAAAAAGACUAAGAAGGGUGGUUGGAUGUCCUUAGGUGGAAUUCUACUGUGCAUUACAGGAUCAGAGGCAAUGUUUGCAGAUCUGGGUCACUUCUCAUAUGCUGCUAUUCAGAUCGCUUUCACAACUGUGGUUUAUCCAGCACUAAUAUUGGCAUAUAUGGGUCAAGCUGCAUAUCUGUCGAGACAUCAUAAAAUAUAUACAAGCUACCAGAUUGGCUUUUAUGCAUCAGUUCCAGAAAGUGUAAGGUGGGCUGUUCUUAUGAUAGCAAUAUUAGCAUCCGUGGUGGGAAGCCAAGCAAUCAUCAGUGGAACAUUCUCCAUCAUAAACCAAAGUCAGUCACUUGGUUGCUUCCCAAGGGUAAAGGUUGUUCACACUUCUGACAAGAUACAUGGCCAGAUCUAUAUACCAGAAAUCAACUGGAUGCUGAUGAUCCUUUGCGUCGCAGUAGCUGUUGGGUUCAGAAAUACCAAGCACAUGGGCAAUGCGUCAGGAUUAGCAGUGAUUACAGUGAUGCUGGUCACCACAUCCCUCACUUCUUUGGUUAUAAUCUUAUGCUGGCACAAGCCACCACUCCUUGCCCUUGCCUUUUUCCUCUUCUUUGGCUCCAUUGAGGCCCUCUACUUUUCUGCCUCCCUCAUCAAAUUCCUUGAGGGUGCUUGGCUUCCAGUCCUGCUAGCUUUCUUCCUCAUGACUAUCAUGUAUGUUUGGCAUUAUGCCACAAUAAAGAAGUAUGAGUAUGACCUCCACAACAAGGUCUCCUUAGACUGGCUUCUUGCCUUGGGUGACAAGCUUGGCAUUGUGCGGGUUCCCGGGAUUGGCCUUGUGUAUACCGGCCUCAUUUCCGGCAUACCAGCUAACUUCUCACGCUUUGUCACCAACCUUCCUGCAUUCCACCGCAUACUAGUCUUUGUCUGCAUCAAAUCCGUUCCCGUGCCAUAUGUUCCUCCUGCCGAGAGGUAUCUUGUUGGACGAGUCGGGCCACCGAGCCACCGUUCAUAUCGAUGCAUUGCCCGUUAUGGCUACCGAGACGUGCAUCAGGACAUAGACUCCUUCGAGUCAGAGCUCAUAGCCAGGUUGGCUGACUUCAUAAAGCUUGAUUCAUCCUAUGAUACCUGCGAAUCUAGUUGCUCAGUGGAGAGAGGUGAGCGUGGGCUUACUGUCAUUGGCAGCAGCAGUUCACUAAUGGGUCAUCCAAACUUUGAGAUUGAUGUAAGCAUGGCACCUUCAAGUGCUUCAGUGGAGUUCCCUGGGGAUGUUAAUUCAGCAGAAUUGGAGCCUGUAAGCAAUGAAAAGAGAGUGAGGUUCUUUAUGGAUGACUAUCAAGGCUCUGAUUUGGAGCUGGAGGAUAAAGUCAGGGAGGAACUUGAGGAGCUGUGCGAUGCUCAAGGCGCUGGGAUGGCAUUUAUACUGGGGCAUUCGCACGUAAGGGCGAAACCUGGCUCAUCGUUCUUGAGGAAGCUGGUUAUUGAUUUCGGCUAUAAUUUCCUGAGAAGGAACUGUCGUGGCCCAGAUGUGGUUCUUCGGGUGCCGCCGGCUUCAUUACUUGAGGUUGGCAUGGUUUAUGUUUUAUGAACAAUGUGCUUGCAUUCUGUGUAUGGAGAACAACUUAAUUUUAUGUAGCAAUGGGCUACUUCAGAUGGAUUUAUGCACUGUAUUAUGAUAUAUAUAUUUAUGAGAAUGUUGCUCACAAAUUUGAUUUGGGAUAUCAUUUAAUCUUUUUAUGGACUCCAUGUAAGAAAAAAUCAUUAGAUAUGGACUAUGUACUUGCUUCUGUGUAGAAUAUCAAAGUAUACAGCUGUGCACUCACUGCGUUUUUUA